AUGUCGAAGCCCAGGCUCGCCUUCGCGUGGGCCGUGCUCAAGACGUGGCCGCGCAGCGACGCCGACCUGGAGGAGAGGCCAUGCCUGCACGCGCCCCCGUGCCCAGCGAGCGCGUUUUCCUGCCGGCCGGACUGGCGGCUGAACCUGGUGUUGAGCGCAGGCAACUGCGGGAGCUCCGACGCCCUCCCGGUGUUCGAGGCGACCGACGAGGCCUCGUUCGACGCCGCGGUGCAGCGGGCGGUGGACAGGACGCUGCUGUGCUGCGGCAGCGUGGGGGGGGACGUGGUGGAGCUGCCCUACAACUUGAGCCGCUACCGCGGCGACCUCCCCGGCGGCUGCGACCGCGAGGGUUCCGAGCGGCGCUGGGCGGAGCUCUUGGCACCUGGGAGCCAGGCUGGCGCCGCCGCGGUGUACCGCAAGGAGUACAGCUGGUCGAUGCGGGAGCGGCUUGAGCUGCUUGCGGGGGCGUGA